AUGCUCCUCAGUCAGUGCAAGAGGCUCGGUAUUCCUAUCACCUAUGGGGUUACUAUUGAGAAGUAUGAAGAAGAUAUCAGCAAGAGAAAAGCUACCGCUGUUGCCCUCGAUGGCCGAAGAUACACAGCCGAUAUUGUUAUAGCUUCAGACGGUCUCGGGACCAAAUCUCAUGCUCUUACACUAGGACAUCCGCUUAGAGCCUUCAAAACCGGCUUCGUAGUUUAUCGUGGAAUGUAUUCGACAGAUCGCCCUAAGGACGCACCAGUAGCAGGGGAAUUUAUUCGAAACCUACAAAGACCCACCUUGCUUGCUCUGGUAGCUAACAAGAUCCAUUGCAUUCUUGCCUUUACUAAAACUGAUGUGAUCAUUGGUAUCACAACUGAAGAAGAUGAUGCGAACACGACAGAUUCUUGGUCGUCUACUGUGUCGAACGCAACUUUAUUGUCGCUUUUACCGGAGCCAGAGACUUGGAGCCCUUUGCUCCGAGAGGCUAUCCAUCACGCACCAGAUCAGAGCAUUGUUCGAUGGUCACUAUGUUUCCGCAAUCCUCAACCCUGCUGGACCUCUGCUGGUGGCCACGUCAUUCAGCUAGGCGACAGUGCCCACAGCUUUUUGCCGACAUCAGCAAACGGUGCCACUCAAGCCCUUGAAGAUGCCUUGUCUCUUCCCGAAUGCCUUCGUCUAGGGGGUAAGGAAGGCCUAGGGGUCGCUACCAAGGUCCAUGAGUUACUACGGUAUCAACGCGUUUCGCUUAUCCAACACUUUGGCUUCGUCAAUACGCAAGACUUCCAUAGCGAAUUCGACCAGAAAGCCAUGCAGAAGUAUCCACUAUUGCUUAUGGGCAAAUGGCUAUGGGCACAUAACUCGGAACGCCACACAACACAACAUGCACAAGGAUAA